AUUAGGGCUCUUCAUGUCCCUAAAAUUAGGGCUCUUGGAUGGAGUUCGGGAUGCUUCCGGCUCUCGGGCUAAUCUUGCUGCUUCCGCUCGUCUUCUUCUACCUGUCGUCAAGAAGAGCGAAAUCGCGAUCGAAUAGCGCAAAUCUGGGCAAUGCAGAUGGAUCAAAGGGACGCAAGUCUUACACGCUCGCCGAAGUGAGCAAGCACAAAUCCAGGGACGAUUGCUGGAUCAUUGUCAAGAACAAGGUUUACGAUGUGACUUCGUACGUGGAGGAGCAUCCGGGAGGCGAUAGCAUUCUAAACAACGCUGGUGGUCAUUCCACCGAAGGAUUUUUCGGACCGCAACAUGUAACGAGAGUUUUCCAGAUGAUCGAUGAUUUUUGCAUUGGCGAACUUGAAUCGUCAUAGGAGCGAUGUAGUUUUUCUUUUUCAUGCUAGUCCACAGGUUCGAACACCAGACUGGAAAGAGGAUAUCCUUUGGGUGUGAAGGGGAUAUUCUUUUGGUGUAGUGUGAUCUCCAUAUUCGAACACGAGACUGGCGGCCAAAGAGGAUAUUCGUUGGGUGAUCAUACAGGCAACUGGAAUGUGGAAGCGGUGAUUGUGUGACGCACGCUCCUCCUCGAAAUUUCAGCGCGCUAGGGUGUAAUGAUGCGCUGCGCUGUGCCGAUCCUCUAGAAAUCUGGCCGGAUUUCGGCGCCGAUCGCUCGAGGUUUGCUCGAAAUCCAUCCUGUUUCCUGCGGCAUUCUUCUUGAUUUGUGGGAAUUCUCGGCGUGCUCGUUGAUUCAAGGCGAUCGCCAUGGGAAUCUGCCACAUUCCCGAGAAAUCGAGGCAGCUCCUGGAUUUCCUUCGCAAGAACCGGAUAUUUCUCGCGAUCGGCGUCAUCGGCUUGGUCUUUUGCAUCGCGCUCUUCACCCGCCCGUGGGAUGCGAGCGCGCAUCGCCAGGAUCGAGUGAGCCACGCCUUUAGCUUCAACCAUGGCGCCGAUCGAGGUAAAGUGCCGCUCCAAAAUUCUCUCGCGGAUCGUCCACCGAUGAUAAAGACAAGGCGUUUGUUGCUGGCCAUGGAUGGCGACAGCGAUGCUCAUCUCGACUGGGUAUGAGUUCUUCGCAGCGCUGUGUAUAGAGCUUGGUUUACGAGAGAUUGCUCUCCAAGUCAUUCAUGUGAGUGGUCCCUUUGGUUUUCUAGCUUUCUCUUGUUAUAUCAAAACCAGUUUGAUGUUUCGAAGUCCCGGAAAGUUCUCAAACACUUUUCAAACUCUUCCUGGGAUCGGGAUCUCGUUCCGCGAUAACUUCGUCGGGUGAUUUUCGUUUUUCCUGGCAGGAAAAUCCGUGCGAGUUGUUUAGUCAGGUCAAUAAAAACUGGUGGUGAGGUACGGAUAAUGGUAAAUGUCUAUCCUCUUCGAUCUUUACCGAUCUGUAGACCAGAUUUCGUUGCUACGAGGUAAACGUCAGAAGUUACUCGUUGAGAGCGUGAAACUCGUUUCUACCCACCGGCCCUCGUGGUUGCAUAACCCGCGAUCUGGAGACCGAUGAAGAGGAGCCUACAUUUUUCUCUCUCUCAAGAAUGAUCAAGGUCUCACUCAGACAGUCAUGGGUGGUGGUAGCGGCGCCGCUAUUUGUUCUUCCCAAUCUAAGAUGAUAGUGGGCCUGGAUUUUGGACUACAUUUUCAGAGACGAUCGGAGAUUGAUCAAGAGGAGAACAAGAGAGACUUCUACAAGAAAGAGACGGGCUCCCUUCCUCAAAACAACGUGAUUUUGCAGGUAAACGCUUGGGAAGUCCUGUUUUAACUUUUACAAGUUCAAAACCACGGUAAUUGUCGGUUUCAAAGUGUAACUCGCAAUUUUUCCCGGA